UCUCACGAAAGAUAAAUGCAUGGAUGAGUUUCUCCAGAUCCUUUUGGGACAUUAGCCCUUUAAUCCUACAAGCGUUUUGCAGGUGAUAGAAGACCGACUUUGUAACUGUCUUUAUGUGUCUUUAAAUGUUCAGGUCUGAACCAUUGAUGCAAGCCAGGAUGGAUUCAUGCUCUCAUUAUACAUCCCGAUACUGACUCUACCAUCUGCAUGGAAGAUGUUGCAGCUGAUUUAUAGAAUCAAGCAACAUUUUUCCAGUCUGAGGGAGACGAAAUAAAAAAGAAAAGGCCGACCUGAUCGCAGCUAAAAUCGGUGGAGAGACUGUGCCCCAAGUGACAAACAACGGAGGAGCUGAAAGUUAUCCAUUCUCUGCACAGAAACGAUCCCUUGAAGAAGGAGAUGAGCCCGAUGCUAAGAAGUUAGCAUCACAGAGCGAAAGAGAUUCCGCAAUGUCUAUUGGAGCUCAGUUAGCUGCUCUCUCCCAACAAAGUGUCAGGUCCUCCACUAUUACAGAAGAGUACAAGGUGCCUGACAGCAUGGUUGGCCUCAUCAUCGGACGGGGAGGGGAACAGAUCAACAAAAUACAGCACGACUCUGGCUGCAAGGUCCAGAUUGCACAUGACAGCGUCGGUCUUCCAGAAAGAAGCAUUUCCCUGACUGGAUCACCAGAGGCAGUACAGAGGGCCAAGGCUUUUCUAGAGGACAUUGUGUCCAGAGGUCACGAUUCAAGUAACGGUCAGUCCGGCUCCAUGCAAGAGAUCAUCAUCCCUGCAGGAAAGGCCGGCCUUAUUAUUGGUAAAGGAGGGGAGACAAUCAAACAGCUCCAGGAGCGAGCUGGAGUUAAAAUGAUUCUUGUUCAGGACGGAUCACAGCCACCAAACAUAGACAAACCCUUACGCAUCAUCGGAGACCCUUACAAAGUGCAGCAAGCAAAGGAGAUGGUGAACGAGAUUCUACGAGAACGGGAUCACGCUGGGUUUGGAGACAGGAAUGAAUACGGAUCGAGGAUGGGAGGCGGCGGCGGCAUUGAUAUAGCUGUACCGCGACAGUCUGUGGGAGUUGUGAUCGGUCGCAGUGGGGAGAUGAUAAAAAAAAUCCAGAGCGAUGCCGGUGUGAAGAUCCAGUUUAAACCAGAUGACGGUACAGGCCCCGAUAAGAUUGCACACAUCAUGGGCCCUCCGGACCAGUGUCAGCACGCUGCUUCCAUUAUCACUGAGCUGCUGCAGAGCAUCCGUGCCCGAGAUGAAGGCGGGCAGGGGGGCCCUCCAGGUCCCGGUAUGUCGUCGGGAGGCCGAAGUCGUGGUGGAGGUCAGGGCAACUGGGGCCCUUCAGGAGGAGAGAUGACCUUCUCAAUUCCCGCGCACAAAUGCGGGCUUGUCAUUGGCAGAGGAGGAGAGAACAUCAAGUCCAUCAACCAACAAACUGGGGCGUUUGUGGAGAUUUCCCGUCAAAUGCCGCCGAACGGCGACCCAAACUACAAACUGUUUAUCAUCAGAGGCUCCCCGCAGGAGAUCGACCACGCCAAGCAGCUCAUAGAAGAAAAGAUUGAGGGUCCUUUGUGUCCAGUAGGCGGUGGUCCCGGUUCUGGAGGUCCAGGUGGGCCGAUGGGUCCCUAUAACCAAAAUCCCUAUAAUGCAGGGCCUCCUGGUGGAGCGCCGCAUGGAGCUCCUGGGGGUCCCCAGUAUUGUUCUCAAGGCUGGGGAAAUCCUUACCAACAGUGGCAAGCUCCAAACUCACAUGACCCCAACAAAGCAGCUGCAGAUCCAAAUGCAGCAUGGGCAGCGUACUAUGCUCAAUAUUAUGGACAGCAGCCAGGGGGCGCCAUGGCCCCCCAGGCACCAGGUGCCCCUGCAGCAGCUGGGGACCAGGGCCAAGGAGCUCAGACUUGUGGGGGCCAGCCUGACUAUACGAAAGCCUGGGAGGAAUAUUAUAAGAAGAUGGGAAUGACUCAGCCAGGUGGAGCAGCAGCAGCCACUCCAGGCUCUGCACCAGUCGCUGCAGCUGCAGCACCAGGUGGCAGUGAUGCUGGUGGACAGCAGGACUACAGUGCAGCCUGGGCUGAGUACUACCGACAACAGGCCGCCUACUAUGGACAGGCAGGACAAGCUCCCGGACAGGCAGGUGGUCCACAGCCGGGACAGCAGCCCCAGUAAACCCUUUGUUGAUCUGUUGGACGGAUGUAUUGGAUCUCAGGAUGCGUUUAUUUUUCCUUUAUUUGGCUUUAAUAAGACAAGGCCAAGGUCUGCUUAUAACGUUAUCCAUGUGACAUACUUUUUUUAUGGAUUUAAAAAGGGGAACACAUUGCGCCCAUAAAUUGAACAAAGCACUAAAUACCUUUCCUGUUCGGUUUUCCCUUUA